GAGGGUGGCUCGGGGGCGGGCCUGGGAGCAGGUUCCGGGGCCAGUGUGGGGCACGGAGGGCCGUGCGGGGCUGCGAGGGGCGGUGCGGACAGGGAAGGCCUCAGGCGCGGGGUCCAGAUGGAGCCGCAUUGUUCGAAGGAAGCCCGAGAGUCAGGCUCCGGGGGUGGCGGCGAAGGCCAGAGGUCGCAGGGACCUGGCCCCUUCCCUGCCGCGGCCUCGGAGAAAUGGCUGAACCCCCUGCUGGACCCGCGGCGGAGGCCGAUGGGCAAGUGGCAAGUUCCCCGCUGCCGCCUUCGUACCUGCCGAGCGCCUGGCCCCGUCCGGCCCCUGGGCCUCCCGCUGCCUCACUUCAGCGGAAAAACGCCUUUUAGGGCAGCCGACGUCCAUGGGGCGCCUUCUGGUGAAGGGCCGGGCGGGCGGCCGAGUGCUUGCGUGUGGGUUGGUUUUAGGGUUUUUUGUGCAGCUGGCCGGCCCGGGGCACGUCGGUCGGGCCGUUAUGGCACACGAAUCCUAUUCUAAGAACUCCGGCACUCAGGUAUCCACCAUGGUGUUGGGUCCUGAACAGAAGAUGCCAGAUGAUGAUGCUUCUGGAGACCAUGGGGACUCUGCCAGUCUUGGUGCCAUCAACUCUGCCUAUAGUAACUCCUCUCUUCCUCAGUCUACUGGGCACUCAGAGGAACCCUUCACCACCUACUUUGAUGAGAAAAUCGCCAUUCCUGAGGAGGAGUACUCUUGUUUUAGCUUUCGUAAACUCUGGGCUUUCACGGGACCAGGCUUUCUUAUGAGCAUUGCCUACCUGGAUCCAGGAAACAUCGAAUCCGAUUUGCAGUCUGGAGCAGUGGCUGGAUUUAAGUUGCUCUGGAUUCUUCUGUUGGCCACCAUUGUGGGGCUUCUGCUCCAGCGCCUUGCAGCUAGACUGGGAGUGGUUACUGGCCUGCAUCUUGCUGAAGUGUGUCAUCGUCAGUAUCCCAGGGUCCCACGAAUUAUCCUGUGGCUGAUGGUGGAGUUGGCUAUCAUUGGCUCAGAUAUGCAAGAAGUUAUUGGCUCAGCCAUUGCCAUCAAUCUCUUGUCUAUGGGAAGGGUUCCUCUCUGGGGUGGAGUUCUCAUCACCAUUGCAGAUACCUUUGUAUUUCUCUUUUUGGACAAAUAUGGCUUGCGGAAGCUAGAAGCAUUUUUUGGCUUUCUUAUCACUGUUAUGGCCCUCACAUUUGGAUAUGAGUAUAUUACAGUGAGACCCAGCCAGAGCCAGGUACUCAAGGGCAUGUUUGUGCCGGGCUGUUCAGGCUGUCGCACCCCACAGAUUGAGCAGGCUGUGGGCAUCGUGGGAGCUGUCAUCAUGCCACACAACAUGUACUUGCAUUCUGCCUUAGUCAAGUCCAGACAGAUAAACCGAGCCAAUAAGCGGGAAAUUCGAGAAGCCAAUAAGUACUUUUUCAUUGAAUCCUGUAUUGCUCUCUUUGUUUCCUUCAUCAUCAACGUCUUUGUUGUCUCAGUCUUUGCUGAAGCAUUUUUUGAGAAAACCAAUGAGCAAGUGGUUGAAGUGUGUAGAAACAGCAGCAGUCCCCAUACUCACCUUUUUCCUAACGAUAACACAACACUGGCUGUGGACAUCUACAAAGGGGGUGUUGUGCUGGGAUGUUAUUUUGGGCCUGCCACACUCUACAUCUGGGCAGUGGGCAUCUUGGCUGCAGGACAGAGCUCCACCAUGACAGGAACCUAUUCUGGCCAGUUUGUCAUGGAGGGAUUCCUGAACCUAAAAUGGUCACGUUUUGCCCGAGUGAUUCUGACCCGCUCUAUUGCCAUCAUCCCUACUCUGCUUGUUGCCAUCUUCCAAGAUGUAGAGCAUCUAACAGGGAUGAAUGACUUCCUGAAUGUUCUGCAGAGCUUACAGCUUCCCUUUGCUCUCAUACCCAUUCUCACGCUUACAAGCUUGCGGCCAGUAAUGAAUGACUUUGCUAAUGGAAUAGGCUGGAGGAUUGCAGGCGGGAUCUUGGUCCUUAUUGUCUGUUCCAUCAACAUGUACUUUGUCGUGGUUUAUGUCCAGGAACUAGGCCAUGUGGCAUUGUAUGUGGUGGCGGCUGUUAUCAGUGUGGCUUAUCUGAGCUUUGUGUUUUACUUGAGUUGGCAAUGUAUGAUUGCACUGGGCAUGUCCUUCCUGGACUGUGGGCACACGUACCAUCUGGGAUUGACAGCUCAGCCUGAACUCUACCUUCUGAACACCGUGGAUGCUGACUCACUUGUGUCUAGAUGAGUGACAGCCUGAGAGACUGUAUAAGAACCACUUUGUCUUAGUCCUUUUGUGCCAAGUGUCCUGUUAACAUAUCUCUGUUUGUUCAGAGGUGAGUUUUGUUCAAAUGUUUUGAACAAAAGCCAAGAUUUCCUCAUGGGAAGAGUCUUAAAAGCUGACAGCUCUAAGUGUAGGUCAGAGACCCACCCACCUCACAACAGUCCUACAACAGCCAGAGUUAAAUGUUUGGCCUGUGAUGGCCACACACCCCCAUGGGCUUGUGUCUUGACUUCUGGAAUUUAUAAAAUAUAUAUGUAUAUAUAUUUAUAUAAACCUGAACAUAUCAGUUUGGGUAGAGUUUUAAGGUUAUAUAAAUUUGAUAGAUCUUUUGUAUUUUUAAAAAACAUUUUAGAUAAAUCAGAUAUUAGUUUUGUCUAGAUCACAAGUGAGAAAAGAAAGGGAGUCGUGCUCUUUUUCAGAAUGAACUGGUCAAACUGACUUACCUUUUAAAGUGAUGGUUGAUUAUGGCCAGUUAAAUUUCACUUCGAUUUUGAAUGACCAGACUCUUAGUAACUACUGAUACUAGCAGAUCUUUCUAAAGAAAACAUUUCUUCUAUUCGGCAAUUAUAUUUAAUCUUGGUUAUCGGUGUGCUUUGUAAUUAUUCUCUUUGUUGUUGCUUUUCUUGAAUUUUUCAGAGAUAUGAUGGCAUUUUCCAAAGAGCUUAAUAAUACCUAGUAACAAGAUCCAGAAAAUAUACUUUAGCCAAUGAUCAGUUUUCCAUGCUGCAUUGUAACUCAGCCCAUUCUAGCAUUCAAAUUUUAGGUAUAAAAAGAAGAAACUUCCAGGAUUUAACUUUGUAAGUCCCAACAGAAGAUAAUGGAGGUAUUAGUUUUCUUCCUAAUGUUCGUAUAGUCCUAUCAUGUCUUUUCUUCUCACUUUUCCCAUUAACACCCCAAACACCAUUUCUAGGUCCAAAGUCUGUUUCCAGGAGUGGCUAAUAUUUCUAAUGUUGACUUAGAGGGAAUGCUAAGCAUUUUAUUUUAAGAUACUUAUGCCAAGUAGCAUGAGAUUAGAACCAGACUGUGACUUGGAAGAUUAGUCCAUAUGUCACAAACUUCCUGCCUACAUAUGGGUUAUAGAUUUUUUUUUUGACCCCUCUGUGUAGCCAGGAUUUUUUUCUUUAAAAUUUUUAUAAUAAAAAACAAUAUUUAAAAAUGGAAAGUUUUUGCAUAAUUAUCUGAUCAAAAAGUCAGAAGAUUUUCAACACUGGACUCACAUUCCUGCAUAAAAGUGCAGUUGACUGGAAUUGAAUGGCAGCUAUCCAUUUGUAAUAGAAUAUACUCCAGGGUGGCAUACACCCCACUUCACUCAUUUCCUUCCAUUCCCAAAGGCAGUGAGUUUGCAAACCCUGUAGCCUUUGUAUAACUUUGAGCAUCAUUUUCCUCUUUCAGCAUAAAAGUUAAAUAUCUGACCUCUGCCUUAUUUUAAAACUUAGUACCUUUCAAUAAGACUUUAAAAAAAAAAAACAGACAUUGCUUAUUUUCAUUUUUAAUGACUUGGCCCUCUAAGUGGCAGGGAUUGUUCUAAGAUGAUACUUUAAAAUUCUCUCAUUUCUACUUCAGGGGCCUUUGAAACUUCUGAUAAGAGCAGCAGCCUCGCAGCAACCCAGGUUACAAGUCCUUCUGAUCUUAAAAUGAAACUGAAUUAACAUCACUUAUCAGCUGUCACUUGAAAAAGAGCCUUUUAAAAUGAGUUUCAGUGUUUUGAUUUUUUUAUACACAGACAGCAACUCUAGAUGAAUCAAUUUGUUGGAUUUUCCUCCUUCCCUGGGCAAUUUAAUUUCUCAGUAGUUUCAUUACCAGAAAAUGUUUGGGGAAAGAAAAAAAAGGCAAAAAAUAUCCUGUUUUGCAACUCAUAAAAAGGUGAGGUAGAUGGUUAUACAGAGAUUAAGUACCUUGGGGAUUUCUGUAGCUCUUCUCCCUUCUUCAACUGUAUGUUACUAGGAACAGACUAGAGUUUACAAAGAUUUAUAUAUAAGUAUACCUCUCAGGUUAUACAACUCCUGUAAUCAGAAAAUUUGAUAAUAAAGCAAAGUGAAUCAUGCUAAAACCAGUAGAGGAGAUUGAUGUCUAAAGACUGAGUCUUGGGUAAAUUUUUUUUGCUAAGUUUAGUGAACAUUUAAUCAUUUUCUAAUUUAUGAUUUACAAAUCUGGAUUUCUAUAUUAUGUGCUAAUAUAGAUAUUAAUAUAUUCACUCUUAAGAUUAACCUAGAGGCAUACACUCACUCAGUUCCUGGGGUUUAACAGUGUGGAGACAAUUUGUAAAAGGAUGCUCUGACAAUGUAGACCCAGAAUGUCACAAAAGUGCAAUUAAAUAAUUGUUGCUGAGCAGCGGCUGCUACAUAACUGUGUGUAGGCCUAAUAUAAAAGGGAGUCAGGGCAUCUCCGGGCAUGUGAAAUAGUUUAAUUGGUAAGUGAGGUAUCAGGGGUUACAGUAGCCAAUGAAAACAGCCUUCUCAAUUUUAAACAUUAUGAUACUAAGCCACCAAAGCUUUGCUCCAGAAGUACUGUGCAAAUUCAGGUACUGUAUAUUAUCUAUUUAAAGGGUCUUCCUGCAAUGUGACCCUCCCUCUUCACCCAAGCUAAUAUGGGUAAAUGAGCAUCCUGCAUACUUUUUAACUUUUCCCCAUGUAUGAUUUUACAUUUUAAUUUAAACACAAUUUGUGAGUUCUCAUGCAUAGCUACUUUUAAUAUAUAAAUACUUUGCAUUGCUUUUUAUAAGCAUUAAGUGUAUUACUUUAGCUCUCUCAGAGUAAGGUUAGAAAAUUCUGGAACCUACUGGGUUUUGUGAGAAAAGCCCAUUUCUAAUUAAAUACUUCGGUUCCUCUAUUUUUAAUGCUGAGUAUAUAUUGAGAGAGUGGAAUCAUUCCAGUAGCCUAAUUAGAAAUAUCUUUUCAUUGUGUAAUCAAUGUGAAGAAUGACAUUUCUAUGCCAGCUCUCCUCAAUUUUCCUGACCUUCAUGGAACAUAUUAGAUCCAGCUGCUGGAAUAUUUACUCUAGUGGAAUAAAGUAGUUGGACUCUUCCGAUGCCUAUUUUCCAAAGAGGACAGUGUUGACCAAAAUAUGUGUACCUGUUGUUGCCACUAGAAGAGCUUCAUGAUAGGUACAAAUGACAACUUUUAAAAUAAUUACCUGUGCCAAAGGAGAAGAGUGUAUACAUACAACAGGGGAUUAAUAUCUCUAAUGCAGAUGUAUUUUCAGAUAUUCCUACAAUUUUCCCUUCCCCAAACACUGGAUUUCAUCUUCCUGUCAGAGUAACCCUCCACUACAGGAAACAUCAAGGAAAAGGAAACCACCACCACAGAUCGUCUUACAGUGCAUUCUUUAUUUUAUUUCAGCGAAUACUUUUUUUUUUAGUUUUCUUUCCCAGGCUUUGAGUCUUAGGGAGAAAAUCUCAGUUAUGACCGCUAUAACUUCAACAAAGUCUAGUUAAUUUUUUAGAAUGCUAGGGCAGUUACAGGGGUGUUUGAGGUCACAGGUAUACUUAACAUUUCAUGUCUAUUUUGGUUUCUUGUGUCUUCUGCAGUGUCAUACCAGAUUAGCAGUAGCACAUCGGGACUAAAUCUUUUCACCCCCACAAUACUGCCAUCUGGGGGAAAAGGGAUUUUUUAGCAAUUUACCUUUGUACUCCUAGAAAUACUUCCAAGAAGUAUAAAAAUAUGUAGAUAUUUAAAUCUUAGACAUUUAUGUUUGUGGUAAAAUAGUCAAGUUUCUAUAUAAGAGUAAGGUAGGUACACAGUGGUGAAACAAAUUUAAAUAAUAACAUGACCAUUCUCCUCUGAUGUAAUUCUUGGUCAUUCAAAAAGGGAGUUUAUAAAGCCUUAAUUACCUUGCCCUAUUUGGGGAGAAUUAAGCGAUGAGCAGUGUGUCACAUUUAAUGUGGAUAUAGAACAUUUUUUCUGUAGCCAUUAUAUAACUCACUCCUAAAUUUCAAAUUGGUUUGGCAUAAUAUAAAUUAUUUUCUGCCACUAACUAGAAAAUAAAAAUUUUGAAAGUUAGAAAAUCAUGUCCUAGGUUCUGAAAGACAUCAGCAAGGAUAUUUUUGAGUUGACUAUGAUUGUUGAUUUGGAAAUCAACUUCUUAAACAAUUGAGACUUACUAUACAAUACUAUGAGAAUUCUGUCUGAUACUUCUGCAGUUUAAUUUGCUACGUAUUGAAAAUUCUUCAUAAUAAAUGGUUUUCAGAAGUCUUCUUAUCUCUCUUCUAUGUAACUUCAUUUUUUGGACACAUUGAAGAAUCGAGGUCUAAUGUAAUCCUUAUACAUAGAAUAGAGAACACCUAGGAACAAAAAGAUGUGUAUCAACAGAGUAUCCAUGGGAAACAGACACUGAAUUUCUUCCAUUUGUAUUCUUCCAAAACUGGCCCACAGUUUAAAAACAAAUGCCUUCCAACUCACUAAUUUUUGGUUUGGAUCAUACAAAUGGCUCCAGAAAAUAAACCGAACAAAACAAAACUAAGAGGCCUUUAAGAUCAAUCUAAAUCUGAAUUUAUGAUGUUACUAUGCCACCCUAAAGUUUGAAUUUUAAAAUAUUGGUGAAAAAGUUAGGAAAGUGGGAAGAUUAUGCUAGAUACUAAGAUAAAAAUAAUAGGCAUCUCAACUUAGCAAACAUCUAUUCAGUGUCUACUUGUGCUCAGUAUCCUGAGGAAAACAAAGGUGAGUGGAUCUAAUCCCUGCUUCUAGGGAUUUACAGUCUAGUGGGUAAAUUAGCUGUGAGUUUCAGCAGAUGAGAUAGAUGUAUAUCUUCCACAAGGAUGAGGUCCCAGGGCUAUGCAGAAAGGGGGAAGUAGCUGGGGAAAUAGCCUGAGGAAUAGAGGAGCCACUUCACUGAAUUCUAGAGAUGUCAGCAAAUGUUCAUACUCAAAGCAAGUUAAGGAGUCACAGAUUUAAACCACAACUCACCCCACUUCCUGGUCCAUAUCAAUUAUCAAGCCAUCAGCUAUACAGUAGAUUGUCUAAACUAAAUCCUUCAUUUUCCUUCUGCUUUCUUUCUGACACUGCUUGUUAAUAUCUUUAAAGAGUGCACAGAGGAUAAAGGAUCAGUAAGUUAGUUCUCUUCUCAACAUGAUAGCAAAGUGAGGCAGAUGUUUGCAUAAUUUUCUAAUGAAAUAGUACUAUAAUAUCAUAGAUGUAUAAAAUUCAAGCCAAAAAAUUUUUAAACUUGAAUCAUUGUGGGUGUCUAUGGAAAUAACAUUCUUAGAUUUAGAGAGAAUUAUAGGACUCAUUUGCCUGUGCUUAUUAGACACAGAUAAUUCUUAACUCUUGUCUGCCUUUUAAAUGUUGGUGUUCUCUGGAGUUCUGAUCCCAACUCUUUUCUCACCUUAUUCAUACCUGUUCCUUCACUGGUAAACUAAGUCAGAUUUCUAAGUUAGAUCUCUCUUCUGAGUGUCAGACUCAUACAUUCAUUAUACUAUAUGUGACAUUUUCACAUCUCAUAGAUAGGUGGUCUCCAAACUUUUAAAUUGUGCAUGAGCAAAUAUGUUGAGCAUGUCCUCAAAAUGUGCAUUUUUUUAUAAACAAUAUAAAUGUAGUAUGGUCAGUCUGUUUAUUAGUAAAGCUUUUUUGUUUUUAAGAUAAAAAUGUUUGCUUCCCACAUCCCCAUGGAUCUCCUUAAUAUAUCUCCUGGGGUAUGAGUACUCUAAUUGGGAGACAUCUGCCAUAGGCAUCUCAGUCAGUAUAAUAUAAAAUUAAGAGUUCACGCUCUGGAGUGGAUUGCCCAGGUGAUUGAGAACAAGUAACUUUUCCUUUCUAAGCUGCAGUUUCCUUCUCUGUAAAAUGAGAUAAUAACAGUACCUACCUCACAGAGUAAAACAUUGUUUAAUAAAGACUUUAUCUGGUCUUUGACCAGAGUUCCAGGCAUAGAGCUUCUAAUGGAAGUUCCAAGCAUUUGGAACUUUGUUAUUCAUGAGUCCCUUAGAUCAUACCUGAAUUUAUGCUAACAAGGUGACUCAUCGUGGGCUCCUAGGUAGCUUCAGGAUGUGGCUGGUCAUGCCAGAAAGACCAACCAUGUGAUUAGAGGGUUCUAAACCCCCAGGGAAGGGAGUAGGACCAGAGAUUGAGUUUAGUCACAUGGCCAAUAAUUCAAUCAAUCAUGCCUACAUAAUGAAGCCCUAAUAAAAACCCUGGACACUGAAGCUCAGUGGAGUUUCUUGGUUGGUAAACACAUUGAUGAGUUGGGGGGGUGACAUGCCCUGAUUCCACAGAGAGAAACUUGUAGACACAGGCAUAGAAGCUUUAAGUUUUGGACCCUCCAGACCCUAUGUGUCUCUUUAUUUGGCUGGUCCUGGUUUGUAUACUUUAUAAUAAAACUAUAAUUGUAGGUAUAGUACUUUCCUGAGUUCUGUAAGUUGUUCUAGUGAAAUGUCAAACUUGAGGGAGUCUUGAGAACCCCUGAAUUUGUAGCCAGUUGGUCAGAAGUGUGGGUGGCCUGGGGACCCCCAAAAGCUGAUGUCUUAAGUAAGGGCAGUCUUUACGGGAACCAUGUCCUUAAAUCUGUGGCAUCUGAUGUGAGCUCCAGGUGGUUAGCAUCAGUAUUGAAUUAUAUUGCAGUACACCAGAUGGUGUCAGAAUAGGUAUCUAUUAAGAUUAAAUGAGAUAAUGGUAUAUGUGUAGUUUGCACAUAGUAAGCACUCAUUAAGUGUUAGUUAUUAUUGUUUUGUCCAGUAUGCACUCACCCUCCCACUAACCCUGUUCUUCUAGGUUCUUUAUAUUUGUGAAAGGCAAAGCUUUCAUCUGGUUGCCCAAACCAACAAUCUAGGAAUCAUCCCUGAUUCCUCCUUCCUAACUUUUUCCAAUCACUUAGACGCCAAGUCCUCAAUACUUCUAGAAUUAAUCUCCUCCUAUUUCCAUUGCCACUGCCUUAAUUCAGAUCCAAUUAUCAUCUAAUUGUCUUUUUUGUCUUUAUUUUUUCCCCUCCUUUGCAAAUCAUCUCAAGUCAUUUUUUUCUCCUUACGUUUUUUUCAUGAUGAAAUAUAAUAUGCAUGGAAAAUAGUAGAUAAAACUUAAAUGACCAGAUUAACAAAUAGUUGUAGAGUGAACACCUGUAAUUAUGGACAGAAAUAGAAUAUUGCAGGCAACCUAGAAGCCUCUCAGCUUUCCCUUUCUGAUCAUAUUCCCCUCUCUUUUCCAUAGGUAACCACUGUUCUGAGUUUUAUGAUAAUAGUUUUCUUCCUUGUCUUUAUGGUGUGACUCUUGGUUCAGUAUUCCUAAAGAAACAGUUUCAUAUUGCCUGUUUCUGAUCUUUGUAUAAAAAACGGAUCUUUCUAAACUGCCAUUCUGACUAUGUUACUCCCCUGUUUAAACCCUUCACUGGCUCACUUCUUGUUAUUCCUCUGCUUGCAACCAUAUAAAUCUAUCGGGGAUUUGUUUUAUAUCAACUUAGCUGAGUGUAACUGUGUUUUCCAGAAUUCCCUUCACUGCAUAUUUCUGGGUUAGCUUGGCUCACAAGAGACAUUUUGCUUAGAUUUGAAAGUGAAAGUUGAAGCAGCAGCUGCCACAUUCCUUUUACACUUGGAAGGCUUGGUUUGGGAUACCAGCUUGUGCAUAUUCCUGUUUACUGCUAGCUCCUCUCAUUGUUCUUGGCCAGCAGUCAGGCCCAUAAACCCUUCAGCUCCUUCUGGAUCGCCGCCUCUAGCUUCUUUGGCUUCUAGGCCAGAUGUGGAUUGGCUCCAUGAUAGACGGUGCCAGCUUCUCCUACAGCUCACCCUAUGAUCAGAGUUGGAGUCAGUAAGAGACUGACUCAAAUAUGCAUCUGUCCUUGUGGGUUCCAGCUCAUCCUUGCAUAUUCCAGUUUAUUUUUCCUUCCCAAUUGCUGCCUUGCUAAUAACUUCAGGUCCCAGCAUUAGAAACACAAGCAACAGCCUAACAUGGACUGUUUAACCAGCUCCCAAAAUUGCUUAGGAUCAUAUGUCUAUAAUAAAUCCCUUUUUAUCUAUCACUACUAGUAGUUUUGCUUCUCUGUGUGAACCCUGAUUGAUACAGAAUUUGGUAUCAGAAGCUUCCGGAGGAACAUAACCGUGAAGAUAGGUUCUCUGGUCUGAGUUAUCUGGAAUUGGUUCUUUGAUCUCAUUAGAUUUAAAGGUAUUGAUGACCAUUUUUUUCAGUGCUAAAGAGGAUGCUAGCAGUCCAUGGCGUGCAGUAGCAAAACUUUUUAAAAAAUUAUUUCCUACAGAUACCCUUAAUCAAGUGUCUAUAGAAAGCAAGGCUUUGGGUGAUCAAGCACUUGCUGCUAUAGAACAUUUAGUGGAAAUAAAGACUAUAAUAAGGUUGGUUACUUCUAAGUGUGCUGGAGAACUUGGGAAAACAAUGGUGGGCUCAGGGCUUUUAAUUCCUAGCUUCAAGGUCCUGUGAGGGACCUGAAAGUUUUAUGACUUUCCAGAAAGAAACUCUUAAAUCCUGCAGCCAUGAGGCUGAUAUUUUUGAAAUCCAUACACAGGGUCUAAUCCUGUGAGUGGCUAAUCACAACCCAGAUUAAAUUCCCAACCUCACAAAGUCUCUUAUGUUAAAGUUAGGGUAUUGCUUUGGGAAAGAGUGGGACUCUGAAAGUUGGGAUAGGGACAAAUGGGCAGAUUUCAGUGAAACUGCAUCCUCAAACCCCUAUAUUUUACUGAGACUCCUUUGCCAGUAGAAACAGCCCUUCCAUCCCUGUCUGAAAAUGACUGAAUCUCGGACCAAUAGGUAAUCUCCACUAAAUGAAGGUGAAACGCCAGAACUUCCUUGGUGUACUUCCAGGGUAGAACAGUGAUUCUCUCCUGGCAGCGAUUCUUCUUUACUGGGGCAGUUUUGUUCCCCAGGGAAAUCUAGCAAUGUCUGGAGACAUUUUUGGUUGUCACACUGGGAGUGGGUGGGUGCUAUUGGCAUCUAGUGAGUAGAGGCCAGGGAUGCUGCUAAACAUCUUGUAAUACACAGGACAGCCCUCCACAAAAAAAAAUAACCCAGUCCAAAAUGUCAGUCGUGCUGAGAUUGAGAAACCCUGCCAUCGAGGAAGGUAUCCAAAGGCUUAGGGAGAUUGGAAUGUUAGAGUGGCUUUAUCCUUCUCACUCACCCCCUAAAUAUAUCUACUCCCUUCACCAACACUGUGAGAAAUACAUCUGUGAAGGGAACCCUGGCAUCCUUGAAGAGUUCUAUGGUAACUAUUUUUUUUUUAAAGAUUUUAUUUUUUCCUUUUUCUCCCCAAAGCCCCCCAGUACAUAGUUGUAUAUUCUUCGUUGUGGGUCCUUCUAGUUGUGGUAUAUGGGAC